AAUGCAGCAGCAGCACCAUCUUGGACAGUACAUAAAGAAGAGAUACUCAGACUUUCUAAGUCCCACAUAUAAGCGAGAGGAGAUUUACAUCCAGAGUACAGAUGUUGAUCGAACCAUUAUGAGCGCCCAAGCUAACCUUGCUGGCUUAUUCCCCCCCUCUACUGGUGAGAUCUGGAAUCCAAAAAUCCCUUGGCAACCUAUCCCAGUCCAUGUUGUGCCGAAGUCAUUAAAUCCGAAAUUACGUUUUCCCAUGUUAAACUGUCCACGCUAUAAGAAGCUUCUGAAGGAAACGAUGACCUCAAGGGAAUUCCAAGCUAAAAUUCGACCAUACACGAGAUUUUUAAAAAUCAUAGCUGGCUAUUCAGGAUAUGAUAUGAAGAGUCUGAGAAAUCUGGACACCUUUAAACUCUGGCAUGUGCAAGAUACUUUACAUUGUGAGUCUAUACACAAUUACACGCUACCUGAAUGGGCUACUGAGGAUGUAAAAGCCCAACUUGGACAGCUGACUGUCUUGUCCUUGUCAUCCUUCUUUGGCAUUUACAAAAGAGAAGAGAAGGCGCGGCUUCAAGGAGGUCUCCUUGUGAAAGAUAUUCUAGAAAAUAUCUCAAAUGCUGCUAAAGAUCCAGGCAAGAGAAAAAUGCUAAUCUAUUCCGCUCACGACACUACCCUUGGUGCCCUCCAGAUGGCACUCAAUACUUACAAUGAGAAACUGCCACCAUAUGCCGCUUGCCAGAUUUUUGAACUGUAUCAAGAAGAUACGGGGGAGCACACCAUCGAGAUGUAUUUUCGGAAUGACACUUCGAGAGACCCCUAUCCUAUCACCCUGCCGGGCUGCUCGUUUGCUUGUCCAAUACAGAAGUUUGCUGAUCUGGUUUCUCCUAUCUUGGUAGAUGACUGGGAAAGCGAAUGCAGGAGCUAAGAAACAGGGAAAGGACAAUAUUCCCUGAUUUCUACUGAAUUUAAUAGCAGACUGCUGUCAUGUUUGUAUCUCAUCUAACUAUACGGAUAUUGUUGGAAAAGAAAGA